AAUUCUAUUGCUGAAGCUGUGGUGGUGAGAUUGUUGCCGCCGGCGUAGAAAAAUCGUUACUUACCGUUACGCUAGAGAUCAUAAAUUUCUUCUUUUAAUCGUUUUGUUAUGAUUUGGGCCAACUUAGAGAAGAUCGAGAGAGCUUUUAUAGGGUCCCCCAAAACGCUGCGUUUUACUUCUUCUUCUUCCUCUAUACGCUUCACUGCAAAAACCAAACUCAGACACUCUCGAAGCUCUCCUUAAUGGCAUCCUCUCAGGUAGCGUAUCUGAUUCCACUGAAACCAGACCUAAAGGAAGACAAUUCCUCCCCGAGGAUAACCUUAUCCGAAGGCCCAAACACCAUCGGACGCCUCAACGUCUCAACCACCGAUAAGCGCCUCAGCCGCAAACACAUCACAAUCACCCCUUCCGCCUCCGGCUCAGCCUCCUUAUCCGUGGAAGGAACGAACCCUGUGGUUGUUAGAUCUUCCGGAGAGAGGAAGAAAGUAAAUCCACGUGGAGAGGUUUCGUUAGUUAACGAUGAUCUUAUCGAAUUGAUCCCUGGUCAUCAUUUCUUCAAGCUCGUGUUGUUGCCACGAGAGAGUGAGAGAGGAAGCUAUGAGAGAGCUGCUAAGAAAGCUCGAAAGGAAGGAGAUGAUGUGGAGGCGAUUAGAAGUUUUUGUCCAGAUAGUGAGAAGCUACCUUCAACGUUUCGGCUUUUGAGUGUUGAUGGUUUGCCUGAUUGGGCUAACACCUCUUGUGUUUCCAUUAAUGAUGUCGUUGAGGGAGAUGUUGUUGCUGCAAUUUUAUCGAAUUAUAUGGUUGAUCUAGACUGGUUGUUGUCAGCUUGCCCGAAACUGGUGAACAUUCCUCAGGUUAUGGUCGUUCAUGGAGAAGGUGAUGGUAGGCAAGAGUACAUUCAGAGGAAGAAGCCAGCGAAUUGGAUUCUUCAUAAGCCACGUUUACCUAUUUCGUUUGGGACACAUCACUCCAAGGCUAUCUUCCUCGUCUAUCCUCGAGGAGUCAGAGUUGUGGUACACACAGCGAAUCUGAUCCAUGUUGAUUGGAACAACAAAAGCCAAGGUUUGUGGAUGCAAGAUUUCCCUUGGAAAAGUGAUGAUGAUAACAUAGAUACACCUAAAGUUUGCGGAUUCGAAGAUGAUCUUGUCGAUUACCUCGCUGUGCUCAAAUGGCCUGAGUUUACUGCAUGCUUACCUGGUCGUGGUAAUGUCAAGAUCAAUGCAGCCUUCUUCAGAAAGUUUGAUUAUUCCAGUGCUACGGUUAGACUAAUUGCAUCAGUCCCUGGGUACCACACUGGUUCCAACAUGAGAAAAUGGGGACACAUGAAGCUACGGACGAUUCUUCAAGAAUGCGUUUUUGAUAGAGAGUUCCGCAGAUCCCCAUUAGUUUAUCAGUUUUCUUCACUCGGUUCUUUGGACGAGAAGUGGUUAGCUGAGUUUGGAGCUUCUUUGUCUUCUGGUAUAACAGAGGACAGAACUCCUCUCGGUCAUGGGGAUCCAUUGAUAAUAUGGCCUACAGUAGAAGACGUCAGGUGUUCUCUAGAGGGUUAUGCUGCUGGCAAUGCAAUUCCGAGCCCAUUGAAGAACGUGGAGAAACCAUUCUUGAAAAAGUAUUGGGCAAAAUGGAAAGCGGAUCAUAGUGCUCGCAGUCGUGCAAUGCCACAUAUAAAGACAUUCACACGUUACAGCGACCAGAAGAUUGCAUGGUUCUUGCUAACCUCAUCGAAUCUUAGCAAAGCGGCGUGGGGAGCACUUCAGAAAAACAACUCCCAGUUGAUGAUCCGUUCCUAUGAGUUGGGCGUCUUGUUCUUACCCUCUCCAGUAAAAACACAAGCUUGUAAUUUUUCAUGCACCGACAACAACUCGAGUACUAAGAAGGUGAAACAAGAGACGAAAGGUGAGGUGGAGAAGAGGAGUAAGCUAGUGACAAUGACAUGGCAAGGAGACAGAGAUUCGCCUGAGAUUAUCUCACUCCCAGUUCCUUAUCAACUUCCUCCUAAGCCUUACUCAUCUGAAGAUGUUCCAUGGUCAUGGGACCGAGGGUACUCGAAGAAGGAUGUGUAUGGACAAGUCUGGCCAAGAUAGUUGUCGUUUUAGCUAAUUAUGUUAUGACUUGAAACUGAGAGAGUGGCUUUGCAGGUUUUACUACCAUGACGUUUUAGAAUUAGGCAUGCAAAUUUAAAAAAAAUCAACGUUUUACUUUUUUUUUCUUAACAAAACAUUAAUAUAUUCUUACUAAAAUAACAUGAUUAACCUAAAGUGAGAGAAAUUGGAGACA